GCGUUUAGCCGUUCCGCGCUCGGUACGUACAGCGAAACGAAGGCGGCCACGAACGGGCGAACGCGCGUAGUCAAUUUGAGAUCGGGACUGUUUGGCGCGCUUCAGUCUACACCCAGAACUCAACCCGUGCGGUUCAGUCGCGAUUAGUGAUUUGAGUUUUCGUUUUUAAUCAUCUGCCAGUUUGCAGCAGAUUGUCGUGCGGUGUGGGGGAAAAACGAAACCUCCUUCGCGAUCAUGAUCGCGUAGAGAUAGAAGAGCUGCAGCUGACAUUGACAUUGUGGCGUUGUGUUUUCGUUCCGUUGCAUCUUAGACGCGGCGGCCUCACUCACUCACUCGUUCGCGAUCGUGCGAAAGUGCAACACAGCGCACCCUUCCCGUUUGGAGUUAUUAGUGGCACAAUUUACGAUGUCAUGUGUUUAAUCGUACGCCCGUGGCAAAUUUGUGGACUGUUUAGCGUGUGCGGUGAAUUGUUGUAUAAAUAAAGUGUCAAAAAAACGAGAGAACGCUUCCGAAAAUCCUAGAGCUCAUCAGUUCCAUCUCUCGCGUCACGGUCGAUUGCAAAAAUGCAACGACGAAAAGUUGGCUCACAGUUGGCGGGACUAGGAUCUCUACUGGCGCUGGGCAUCCUCUUGGCAGCGGUCGGCCAAACGAUUGCCAACGAAUUUCAAGGUAUACGACGGUCCAAAUGCCAGCAGAGCCGUGAUCGUACUCAGAUCUAUGAAGGUGUUGACAAUGUGCUGAUGAAGCGACUUCAAGCGCUACGGACGGAAAUGCGCACGAGAACCUCCACGCAGAGUGCCGAACUGGACGCCUAUCUAGUGCCGAUGUACGAUGAACACCAGUCGCAGUAUCUGAUGGAGUCGGACCAACGCAUACGCUUCCUGACUGGAUUUAGUGGUACGAUUGGUGAGGCGGUAGUGCUAAUGCGAUCGGCUGCCUUCUGGACGGAUGAUCGAUUUGUGGAGCAAGCCGAUCAGGAGCUAAACUGUGCCUGGAGAUUGUUCCGAAAUGGAGAACGUCCAACCGUCGCUGAGUAUCUGCUAUCGGAACUAUCUCCAGAAGCUCGUGUAGGGGCCGACCCCCAGCUUAUACCACACCCGACGUGGAAAGCCCUGGAGACCGAUCUGAAUGCCGACUACAUCCGGAUGGUGCACAUCAAUCGAAAUCUGGUCGAUAUGGUGUGGGGCCCAAGACGUCCAGCUCCACGAUCGGGCACUAUAAAGGUACAUCCGGUACGGUUUGCUGGUGAACGGUGGGACAGCAAGGUAGCGAGACUUCGUGCCAACCUUACAGCGCUUCGCUGUGACGGUAUGAUCGUAACUUCGCUCACCGAGGUGGCGUACCUGUUGAACUUGCGCGGCAGCGAUAUCCCACAUGUGCCCGUGUUCAAGGCGUACCUGUUGGUGACCCACCGGGAGCUGGUGCUGUACACCAACACAAGCCGCGAAACGCUCGGGCUGAAGAACCACCUGAAGGCUCACUCCUGCCACAACGAGAACUGUGUCCAGCUGCGCGAUUACGGUGAUGUGUGGCGUGAUCUGCGUACGCUCGCUCAACACUGGCAUCGGUUUAUGGUGCCGGCGGCGAUUGUUUUCGAUUCUGGUGCGUCGGAAGCCAUACACGCUACGCUGCCGCGUAACAUCGUGUACGAGCGUCCAUCACCCAUCAUAUUCCUGCGGGCGCAAAAGAAUCAGGUGGAGCGACAGGGCAUGCGACAGGCCCACGUACGCGAUGGAGUUGCCAUGUGCGAAGUGCUCAGUCGGCUAGAAGAACGGUUUAUUGCGGGCGAUCACAUAACCGAGAUGUCACUGGCCCGUGAAAUCGAUCAUGCCCGCAAGACGCAAAACAACUCGGAAGGAAUCGCGUUCCCGACCAGCGUCGCCUACGGUGUGCACUCUAGCCGACCGAACUACACACCCUCGAACCGUACCAACGUUGAGCUGUCCGAGGGCAUGGUGCUGAUCGAUUCCGGUGGUCAGUAUGAGGAUGGUACGACGGAAGUAUCGCGUACGCUCCAUCUCGGCGAACCGACAGCAGAUCAGAUUCGGGCCUACACCAACGUACUGAUCGGUAUGAUCCGAUUGUCGAUGCUGACGUUCCCGGAGAAUCUUAAACCGGCCGAACUGGAUGCAUUGGCGCGUGGUCCGGUGUGGGGUUCGAUGAAUGACUAUCCGCACGGAACGGGGCAUGGUAUUGGAUCUUAUUCGGCUGUAAAGGAAUCUCCGAUCAGUAUUUCUUAUACGGCGAAGCAGAGGUUCACCUUCAAGGAGGGAUACUUCUUCUCUAAUGAACCUGGAUACUACAAAGACGGAGCCUUUGGAAUUCGACUGGAGAACGUCCUGGAAGUGGUAGAUACUGGCAAGAUGCAUCCAACGGGACACAAAUUUCUUGCCUUCCAGGAUGUGACGCUGGUACCUUUCGAAUCGAAGCUAAUCGAUCGUACUUUGCUAAGUGUGCCAGAGAAAAAAUGGCUAAACGACUACAACUCACGCAUCCGCCAGCACGUUGGCAGCGAACUGAAGCGAAAGCACAAAAUGGACGCAUUCUACUGGAUGAUGAACAAAACGCGCCACGUUCCAGAGUAUGUGACCGAGGCGGACUACAAUGGAGUCGGUCAACUUCAUCCAAUUUCGAUCACUGGUGCUUUAACGAUCGCAAUCCUAAUCGCACGAUACGCUUUUUACUGAAUGCCAACCACUAGCACAAUGAGUGUCUGAAUUCCGUAAAGAAAGAAAAAAACCUGGUGCCAUGCAAUGUUCUGUGUACAGCAGCUGUACUUACAAUCUACCAUGUUGCACGUAGAAAGAUCAAAAUUAAAAUCCCAUUCUAACCCCAUCGAUACAGGAUCAGCUCAUCUGGCAUCUGUGUAUGUGUGUGGUUGAUUUGUUACAAACAUUGUUUUGUUGCCUCCUUACAAACAGUUGACGCUGCCGAAUUUAUUUGCCAUACUGCCUCACCAUUCACACUUACGCCACACAAUGUGAUGCGAUUCAAAAAGGUUACGAACGUAACGUGUUUAAACAAACCGAAGCAAAUUAUUUACAUCUCAUCGCUAUUAAUCUUGACAAAAACAGGGGUGAAAUGCUGGCCGACGAUGAAAGAUUGAAGCCACGUGCGAGAACGAGUGAUAUUUUAUUUAUUCUGUUUCAUCGGGUCGCAAACAAACUAAGCACUAAGAAUUGUAUGUUUAACGAAGUACUACAACAAUAAACUAGUCUACACAAACA